AUGUUAACUAGUCGGUCGGGACUGUUUGUGAUAGACUUGGACGACCCGUUUUCGCCACCGAGAUGGCUUCACCACAGGACUUCGUGGGAGGUGGCAGAUGUGCAAUGGUGUCCUCAUGCGUUCAGACCGUACUCGGUGAUAUCGACGUCGAAUCAGAAGGCGCUGGUAUGGAAUCUGGCCAUGUCGUCGGACUGUGCAGUCGAACAUGUUCUUCAUGGCCAUAAGAGAGCCAUUACUGAUAUCAAUUUUCAUUCUGCAGAGCCUGAUAUAAUCGCCACGUGCUCAGUGGAUAGUAGAGUCAAUGUUUGGGACUUGCGAGACCCGUCAAAGCCUACUACGACAUUUGCUGACUGGAACGUGGGUGCUUCACAGGUGAAAUGGAAUCGUCUGAAUCCUUUUGUUCUUGCUUCCUGUCACGACAGAAACGUUUAUUUAUGGGAUACACGCAAAGGGUCGAUUCCACUGCAUACGAUUCGUGCACAUGACUCGAAGGUCAACUCAAUUGAUUUCAGUAGGACCUGUGAGAGCAAGAUAUUGACAUGCUCGAAUGACCAUACAGUCAAAGGAUGGGAUUAUAAACUGAACGACGAACAGCCCGAUAUCACAAUCAAGACAGAUUUUCCCAUUUGGAGAGCCCGUCAUACGCCGUUUGGCAGUGGAUGUGUUAUUAUGCCUUUAAGAGGAGGUAAUAAUAGUGUAUUCUUAACAAACUUACAGGAUAUGGCUGGAGAACACUAUUUAGAUUCUAGUUUCGAGUUUAAAGGACACACAGAGCCGGUUAAGGAGUUUGUAUGGCGGUCUCGUGGAGGGGAAGGUGAUAUUGAUGACCGUGAGUUCCAACUGGUUACCUGGUCAAAAGACCAUGACUUGAGACUCUGGCCUGUAGAAGACAGAACUCUUGAAUCAGCCAAUUUUAAACGUGGAGCCAAAUUGACUAUGAGAAUAACUAGAAAAGGUGCCAGAUAUGAAACCUAUCAUAACGAGCCAAAUGUACGAAGUCUUCGUACUUAUAACAAGGGCUUGAAUACGACAGGGGGACUUCCGGCUACUCGUACCCCAUUUGGCCUUUCUCCUAGUAGUGCUGGAAAACGAGGUUCGGAGUUUGGUGGCCGUCAACAUGGAUCUCAUCACCAUCACCAACAUCAUCAUCGUCACCACCAUCACCAUCAUCACAAUGCACACAAUCGUAGAACAGGAGCUCCUGUUAAGGACACACGAACAGGGUUCAUGACAAGAGCAACUAAAACUAACUUUUAUAACCAUAACAUUAACAAUAACUCGCAUCUCGACUGGAUUGCUGGUGUUCGUAUGGGUAGAGCUGCAUUUGAUCCUCCAUUUGACACCAGCAUAAGAUCUGAUUACUUUUUGGGCGGCGAUUCAUCCAAUCCAGGUAAUCUCGGCGAAGAAGUUAGUAUAGUAGGACACAAAUUCCCGAAAGUCAGGUUUGAGAAAAUCUCGGUUUCGACUGGCGAGUGUAUUAUCACGCUUAAAGCACCAUGGGGAGAUACCGAAUCGGACCUGGUGUUUGUUAGAAUCCAUGUGCUAUUUCCAGUGGAUUAUCCAUUUUCACCACCAAAAUUUAGAGUGGAAGAAGAUGAUUCAUUUGGAGAGGGGAAGUACGAGUUAAUCAAGGAGGAGGUUGCGAAAAUAGCCGAAUUGCUGGCGUCACACGGAAAAUACUGUUUAGAAUUAUGUCUUAGAUUUCUUCUCGGUGAAAAGGUAUCCCUAGAAGAACUGGAGCGCCAAGAGAUUGAGAAGCAUAUAGAAGACGACACUGGUGAAGUUGGAAUUGCCGGUCGAUUUUCGUUCGGUGAGGAUGGCGAAGAACUUCCUGAUCUCACUAAUGAGUUUAUAGGCUCUUCAAGCGACGACGACCUGGACGACGAGGAUAUCGCCACACAUAGAUUAAUAAUCCACGAAAAAAGCCCUGAAGCAGAUGAUCUGACUUAUAGUGACCGAGAUGGCGGAGUAGAAGGAGGACUCAAAGUGACUCAGCAGAUAUCGGAGACGUCUAAAGUUCUAUUUGAUAGCACACCUGUGCCGAAAGGAUGUGGAGCUGUAUGGUCAAAGAGUGGUGAGUUGGUAUGCUUCUUCAUUGGAAAAUCAGCGAUGAAGUCUACAGUUUCCAGACAGCUAUCAACAAGAUUCCCUGAGAAGGGUCUCAGUCAGAUGCUUAGUUUCCGCGAUGACAGUGGUGAUAGUGACAGUUCAGACAGUUUUGAAAGCGAUUCUGAUUUGUUGGACAACGACGGUGUUUUAGACCAGCAUUACUAUGGCCUACUUGCUACAGGAAAACUAAGAAAUACUCUGCGAUUCAGACAAGCUUCUAGCAAGAUAGACAGCAGUGCACCUGUUUCGAACUCGGGUGGAUCUCAACGUGGAAUUCCUGAAAAGAAAAUGAACGUGGUGAGAAUACUCGAUUUCAAGCAUUUGAUCCCCUCUCGACAAGAUAUGGCUGCCGAGUAUAAGGUAUUAGGUGCACCGCCAGGAGUGCUAGCUAAAUGGAACCGACAAGUAGCCGAAAAGUAUGGAUGUCAUCAGAUUGCUUACUGCUGGUCUCUCAUCGAACUGAUUAUAGGUGCCAACCUUGAAGUGUAUAAACAUGCUCAUACGUUGUCAAAGGCAGGAAAUGUCAGCACUUCAUUAAUGAACCUAUUACCACCGUCAUAUGUUGCAGAUCCAAAGAAAUCACAGAUAGCAUUGCCCAGUGCAGCUACAUCGCUGGCAACCGCUACAAAAUUAUCAACAGAUAUUAACUUUGACUGGGGUCAGCAUCCGUUUCGUCGGCGAUGGCUCGUAGAAGAGCUGUUCCGAUAUUUCGAGUUAGAACAGAACACCCAGAUGCUGGCGCAUAUGUCUUGUAUUUUGUCUGGUAGUAGCACCAUUGAUGACCAUAACAUGGUUUCUUCUGACAGUGCAGCCAGUGGGCUUGUAAUGCCACAUGCUAUUAAGAGCCCAUUCGCUCAUGAUUUGCUAUGGCGAGAGGGGGGACCCGGUUCUGCAACUGCUGGCGGUAGUGGUAGUGGUUAUUUCUCACCAAUAUUCUUUUCCAAUUACCCGAAUUCUAGUCAUGUGGGUGGCCAUUCGCCAACAUCGGUGUCGAGUCUAGUUUCUGCAUCACCUGAGAAGCAUAUCGGAGGGUUCCGCAACUUUGUUAGUAUACCAUCCACACCACACUACCGAUCUCAUGUUCAAUCACGAGACAUGUCGUCUACCAGUUCCAAACAAAUGGUACUACCAAACCACUAUAAUACUAACAGUGGAUACGCUACUGCUAACAACAGCGUCAAGAGUGUUCCAGGAAAGCUAGCACGUUUUGAUAGCGAUAAUGAUUUGCACCUGGGACUCAUGUUUAAUCGAAGCGGGAUUAAUACACAGCUACCGAGCAGAAAUAGUGUUGUUGGAAGUGAGACUAGUAAACCUGAGCCAGCAAGCACCCCGUCAUACUUGCCGUCAGUACGGGUAGAGAUUCUUAAUGAAGAGUUCCUGGAUUUUACCGAGCAGUUUCCUCGUCCUUUUCCUGACCAGUUUUUAACAGCUGGUAACAAACCACCUGCUGUACUACUACCAGCUCCUUCACAACCGCCUCAACUUCUUGAUCCCAACAAAACCGAAAAGUUCAUAGCAUAUCGAGAUCAAUAUGCUACGAUGCUAUACUCCUGGGGUUUACAAGUAGAGAGAUUGGAAAUUCUCAAAUUUAACUAUACGUUGCCAGGAGGUCUCCAAGCAGUUCGAAGACCCUCUAUUUUCGACAAGUUCCACUGUGCAUAUAUUCAAUUCCGAACAAUGCGCCAGUUAGAAGACUUUGAGCUCGUCAACACCACAGAUAUGUCGCUUAACCGUAGCUACGCCCGAACCUGCCAUUACUGUAAACUCAUGAUCAAAACGCGAUUCUUCCAGUGCAUCAACUGCGAGCAUAUCCAGCACGCAGACUGCGGAGUCGAGUGGUUCGUGAGCAAUGGUGAGAAAGAGUGUCCAAGUGGUUGUGGAUGUGCAUGUUUGGAUUAUUUAUAA